AUGCUUUUCCGGUUACAUCCAUGCAUGCUGCUUGCAGUCCUGGGGUGUUUUGCGAGAGCACAUCUCCUCCCGAUAGAGGACCCCGCGGGGACCGCGAAAUUCCACGUCAACUACCUCUCCCAGGAUGAAUGGCACCAGCUCGAACGCUCCCACAAUGACUCCACCGUCCGGUUUGGUGACGAAAUGGUCUGCCACAUCCCUGCAGGAUCGCACAUAUCCGCACUACAGGAGCUCAGUCGCGACGAGGACCGCUGGGAACAGUACUUGGACACAACGCUCACAAGGGGAAUCGACAUCCUCGACUCAACACUCAGCGGCCAAUGUUUCCUCUACGUAGGUGGGUUCUGGAAGUACCAGUACUGCUACAACGACCGGUUCGUCCAAUUCUUCGCUGAUCCCUCGGACUCAGAGAUGGUGCAUCUUCUAGGAGCCGCUGGGACACCCGGUCUCCCGGACGGUUCCCUCAGCUUGCUCUACGACGAUGUCGGAUAUUACAUCAGUGAGAUCCUAGAGGGGGGUGGCAUUUGCGACGUCACGGGCGCCAACAGACAGAUUGAGGUCCGGUACGUGUGCGGAUCCAACAGCGGCGAGACGGGCACGUCCAUGCUCAACUGGGUCAAGGAGGUCAGGACCUGCCAGUACGAGGCAGAGGUUGGUGUCCCGGAACUUUGCCAGUUGGAACUCUUCGUCAAGAACGAAGACAAGCGUGCAGCGAGUCAGAUCUCAUGCCUCACUUCAACCAAAAUUGCCACCGCGCACAACACCAUUGCUUUGCUCGCCGAGUUCGACCCAACAUUUAUCGGGUACGGAACUUACCUGCUCAGGCACGUUGACCCAAACCGUAACGACGUCGUAUUGUACACGGGACCACUUCACAAGAAUGACGAGCACGCAGUACAACUCCUGUACCAACAGCUUACGUCCUCCCUUAACCAACUGUUCACACAGCAGCUGCUCAGAUCACCAGGCAACGCCAAUAUCAACGUUGGGGACACAUUCGAGUGGGUCGCAGACAUCAUAUCCCCGGAGGGUGAUGUCCUGUACACCUUAAAGCUUGAAAUGCUCCCCACGGGGAAAGUGGACAUCUUUCUCUUGGAGACGUUUGGUACGAUUGGUAAUGGUGGCAACUUUCAGUGGUACAACAAAUCUUCAAGUAAUGUACCAGUGGCUAAAUUGCAGGAAAAGCCGAUGCCCCCCCAAGGGGAAAAAACACUUGUUGAAAUGGACCUCGAAAUGGAAAACGGAGAGCAAUUUAGGGUGAACUUGCAAACGAAUGGUAAAAGUAAGUUUCUACUCAUCAAGUCCCUUGACAAAGAUGGCAAUAAAAUUGAUAUAGAUGAAAGAUCACAAGCACGUAUCAUGGAGAGACUGAUGGAACAACCGGCCUUCAUAUCGCUACUGAAUCAACUGCAAAACACAGGUGAGCUCCAAGAAGACCUCUCGUUUGCAGUGCCCAGAGAAAACGCUGACUACCUAGAUCAUAUCUUGAAAUUGGAACAAGUACCGGAACAAGCGUUUAGGGAUGAAUCUGACGAUGGCGAAGAGAGUCAUGUCGAUGCCCAGGAUAAGACGGACAACAGUGAACUGGUACAGGGAAGCUCAGAGGGAGACAAUAACGACAAUGAGGAAUUUGAACGAGAGGUAAAUGGCGAUUUAAGCAAGGAAGAGUCGCAGGAGUGCGAUACGGAAGUCGUUCAAAAAGACAGAAGGGGGAAUGAUCCAGACGACUUGUUGAACGAAACUUCUGACGCUGAGUUGCAAGAACAUUUGGAGGAACCCGCAGACUUAGAACUUGAAGAAGAAUCCGUAGAAGAAAAUCAUGAGUUUGAACCGGCCGAAGAGGCUUUAGAAGAGAGUACAGCGGAACAACUUGCAGAGGUCGAGCCGGAAGAAGAAUCCGUAGAAGAAAAUCAUGAGUUUGAACCGGCCGAAGAGGCUUUAGAAGAGAGUACAGCGGAACAACUCGCAGAGGUCGAGCCGGAAGAAGAAUCCGUAGAAGAAAAUUAUGAGAUUGAACUGGCCGAAGAGGCUUUAGAAGAGAGUACAGCGGAACAACUUGCAGAGGUCGAACCGGAAGAAGAAUCCGUAGAAGAAAAUUAUGAGAUUGAACUGGCCGAAGAGGCUUUAGAAGAGAGUACAGCGGAACAACUUGCAGAGGUCGAGCCGGAAGAAGAUGCUGUAGUAGAGGAUCACAGUAAUCUAGAAGCGGAUUUUGAAGUGGAAACAGAUUCCACUCAAAGACCAGUGGAUGCUGAGAUUGAGGAGAAUGAGAGAGGUGAUCUUGAAAUUAAUCAUCAAAACAACGAGGAAAAUCGCGAUGCCAUGAAACCCAUAAUAAUUGAUGAUACUGUAGUUGACGCUGUAAAAGACCAGGAAAUGGGUGUUGAAAGUAAUUUAAUUCACGAGAAUAAUUCAACAGGGGAGACUGAAGAUGAGGUGGCAUCACAGACACCGGAGGAUAACACUGAAGAAGAAUAUGCUGACGAAGAGACUGGGAGGCCAGAAGAUAGUGCUCUUGAAGAAUCUUUAAUCGAAGAUUCUGAAACACCAGAGGGUAUCGAAAUGACAAACACAGAUGAUGGUAAUUCUUUUGAGUCUGUUGGCAAGCAGACAGAUAACAAUCAAAACCUCAAGGAAGAAAAUGAGCACAAACACGAAACUAUUCGGCCUGAGGGGCUUAUAGAAGAGGUACCUUAUCUAGUUGAUGAUGAAAUUACUGAUAAUGAAUUUGAGACGACAGCCGAAAACAUCCAAAAUGAUACACACUCAACGAUGCAGGAUGAAGCUGAUGUUUUACAUGACUCAAGAAACGACGUAACAAAUACAUACAGAGAUACGGAACCAGCAGAGGUAACUGAGGAAAACGAAAAAUUCGACGAUGAAGGCCACAAGACUGAAAACAUGCCUAGUGACAACACAAUCCUUCACGACGAACUAUGA